AUGAACAAAGUGGUGGUUGGUGGUGGUACUUACCGUGCGAUUAGACAAGUCCCCAACGGAGUCGUGGCGAUGAUCAAGGCUGCCGAGGCUGCAGCAGGAUGUGGAAGACGAGAGGCUGACGGAGUCUGCGCGCGCGCGGUGCGUUUAAACAAAAGCAAGAUGAGAAGUACAGAAAUAAGAGAUAAAACAAAAGUUAUUGAUGCAAAUAAUCUGAUAGAAAUAUGA